GGAAAAUCUUCUAAAGAGAAGGUUGCUAGCAUUCGCUUGGGUGGAUAUCCGUUAUCAUAGCAGCAAGUGGUGUAUGGAGGCAGGCGGCGGCGACAUGGAAGAUUUGACGGGACCAUUAAGGUGGAAUGAUGAGAGGUCCUUAUAUAUAUGUUCCAUGGUUUUGAAGGUUGAGACUGUUUCUUACGUUAUUAAUUCCAUCAGAUUGAGCGAUUUGUUUUCCUCAUCAUGCUCCUGCCGCUUUGAUCCUGAUCUUCCUACUAAUCCUAAUCCUACUGCUAUUGGUGAUCCCGACCUUCCUACUAAUCCUACUGCUAUUGGUGGUGAUGGUGAUAGAACCAAAUGCCUGUGGUGCUCCAAAUGCCCGUGGUGCUCCAAAUCCCUCAAAGCCCCCGACGAGGAGAAGGAGGAUUGUAGUGAAUUAAACCAUCCGGAUAAUACGACAACCAGAACAGAAUGCGCGGCUUGCUCUAAGGGCAAUAGUGAAUUACGCUAUCGGGCUUCUCUCACCGGCGAGUAUCUUCCCUUCUAUAUGGGUUGCGGUGUCUUUGGAUCUCAAAUUGUUUUCGGCGGAGGUGCGAAAUCCCGCCUCUCAACCGUGGCCGAGCGCAGCGAUAGGCGAUUCGGACCAGAUGCGAGUAGAGCUAUAUAUGGAUUUGAGACUCGGGAUCCGAAUCCCACGAUCAAACUGAGGGGCCGAGAGCGUAUGUUUGGGAAAUUGCUUGGAGAAGUCCCUAAACCCCUGCUGAUGGAGGUUUCGGGGAAACUCUAUGCUCUCUCCGGUGAGACAAUCUUAUGUAAGAAAAAGCCUCCAUAUUUUCAGGUUUUCAACCCCAACUCUAAGAAAUGGUCUCCCCUUCCCGCACCUUCAAUUCUCGAGCCUGGUGGAAGCUAUGGAGACUUCUCUUGUGCAAUUGUGGAUAGUUUUAUCCUUCUGUCGACUCGGACCAGUAUGGUAUAUGGCUUUGACACUAGUGAAGAGGAACAUCCAAAAUGGAUAGAAGUUGGGACUCCUAGUUUUUUCUCCGAUCGUCCUCUUCCUUUUAAAGGAAAAGCUUUGCUCCUGAUGGAUGACAAUGAGUCUUUCAUGUUCAGUUAUAAGAAGAGGAAACAGCGUGGAUAUGCCAUUGUUGUCUACUCUGUUGCUCCUGAUCAUGUGUCUGUUAUUAAAAAAUUGCCACUGGAGCAAGUUCUAGCGGAAGCGGAUAAGUUGCCUGCUGAUUUUCGUCGUACAUAUUCAACAUAUGACCACUGCUUUGUUCAUAUAGAAGGUCUGAAAGUCUGCCUAAUUAUGAGCUUAUAUAUUUCUCCAGGCAACAGCGCACCUAGAAGGUCUGAGAAGUUGCGCAUUAUGUCGUUAACCUUUGAAAUCUCACCACCGACCACAAAGGGAAGGGACGUCAAACAUAUUCAUACUCGCUUCUUUGACUGCGAUACCAGACUGUCUCACACAUCUCACCCAUGUGAAAACACUCGGCAUGCAAAUGUGCUUGGUGCUUUUGUUCUGACAGGUAAAUUGUCGAGUGAAGAAUCAUGCUAUGAGGAGAAGACCAUGCAAGCUAGUUAGUGUUGUCUUAGCUUAUUUAAGAAUAGAUAUUUGUGGUCUGGUUGACUCUGCUUUUGUAAUGGCAUGAAAACAUAACUUAUUUUGAUCUGCUUUUUUAUUGUAAUCAAAACUCAAGAAUGGGCUGUAUCGUCCUACUUUUGCAAUCUAUUUGUUCGAGUAUUGGUCUCUUUUGUUCA